AUGCACUCCCUCGCCGGUGUGCACCACCCGUACCUCUGCCACCAGAGAUCCUACACGCUGCCGCCAGGGCCCCUCACAGCAAGGUCAUUCCACCGUACCACUGCCGCAAAAACGCUGCAGUGCCUCCGCCUCGACUCAUCUGUGCGCCGCUGCUGCUGUAGGUCCAUCGACAUUGCAGGUUCCGGUAUUAUUCAAGCAGGGGCAAAUGCAGGAGAUGGGGUAUCUGUAAAUGCAGAUGUUGCAGCUAUGCAAAUUGACAAUGAAGCAGGUAACCAAAAGGCAAAAAUUUAUCCUACAAAAGCAAUAGUGAAGGUCUCUGAUGGUUCUCUUACUGUGAAACAAGUCAAAGUAGAGCAUGAGAGACUCGUACCGGACUGGAAAUGGGUUGUGGAAGAAAUUAAUGAAAACUCCUUUGCCACAACUUUUCCAUCUAGUGCUGAGCUAAAACGUAUGGAUGAUUGGGGUCCUGUGGAAGCAAGGAGUGCAAAAGCAAAAUUGACUAUUUCAGAGAAAAAAGAUGCAGAGGUGUACAAGUCUGAAAUUCCUAAAGUUUGGGUACAGUUCCAUGGUCUCCCGAGCGACUUACGGAAUUUUCCUAUCAUCUGGGCCGUGGGUACUAUUCUUGGUGCCACAAAGAUGGUGGAUAUGAAAUUUACAAAGCGAUUUGGAAGACCAAGGCUGAGAGUUGUUGUACUAAGUCCGAAACUAAUUCCGGAUUUAGUUGACGUUGUAAUUGGAGAUUUUGUGUAUGAACUCCAAUUCCGGCUAGAAAUAGAAGAGGAGGAAAAUGACCUAAGACUAAUUGAUAUGGAUAAUCAGCCGGGUGAAUCCGGCAAAAAAGAUGAUGAUUUGGACAUACUCAACAAAGACCCAACACCUAAUGCUAAGGAAUCAGACUCCAACAAGGAGAACACAAAGAAAGAUAAGAAAGAUGGGAGUUCCUCUGCUCCACCAGCAGCAAAAAAUUCAAACAAAGGGACACAGGCCGCUCUUCUGUCACGGCCCACUAUGGAGCUGAAGUCGAUCGGGUUAUUUGACUCAACCAAGGCUUGGGUACUUAAAUCCUUCGAUGGGCCUUUGAAUUCAAAAUCCCCUGUACAAACCCCUGCUGAAAAUACCACGCCUACCCGUUGGAGCAAGCGCAAUGUGGCGAUAGGCGACCAAGACUCUACUGAGAGAGCAGCCAAGCUAAAGGCAUGCAAAAAUUUGGAGGAACCUAAUAAUUCAGAUUCGGCGGAUGAACUUGAUCUCUUAGCUAUUAACCAACUAUGUGGUGAGAUAGCCGAGGGUACGAGUGAAGGGGAAGCCAUUGAUCUAUGUGAUCUACAGGAACCCCAGCCAAUUGAUUGGGAGUACUACAGAAAAGGAAUUGGAUCAAAAGUUGUCGAUAUGUACAAAGAGGCCUACAAAAAAUACAAGGUCCACUCCCACAACAGAAAUGGGCUUUGUGCGGUGGCAUUCAUGGAUGAUCACUAUCUUGUACUAAGUGCAUUUUCUCUCCUGAAUAUGGACCCUGCGGAAGCUGACAAAUUAAUGAAAAUCCAGAGGGACUUGGAUGAAACAAAAAUUAUCCUUCAUAAAACUAUUGAGAGUGUCCUUGCCAGAGGAGAGAGAUUGGAUAGCUUGGUUGAGAAAAGCUCUGAUUUAAGUGCUGCUUCACAGGUAGCAAUCAUCAUCUAUGGGAGUUUUAAAAGAAAAUUAUCGACAUGCCAUCUUUUAUAUGUCAGUCUCAGUAUUCAGUAG